AAGACAGGACACACCUUCAAAUAUAUUAUUAACUAUAUAAGGACAUAUCAAAUUUGAAGUCUAAUCAUUUUUGUCAUCAUGCAGUACGACGAUAAAACAAUUAAACGCCGAGACCUGUUUGUUUUUAUUCGCAUCACGUUUCGCGUUGCUGCAAUGUUUCCUCUUGCGGACAACCAGUCCAGUGAUCUUGUGAGAUCUUUCGAUCUUAUUUACGAGGCUUUUAAUCUCAUGGUAUCAAUACAUAUAGCUGGAUUAUACAUAUGUACAAUAUACAUUAACUACGGCAAAGGGGAUUUGGAUUUUUUCGUCAGUUGUCUGAUACAAACAAUUAUCUAUAUGUGGACAAUUGCCAUGAAAUUGUACUUUCGUCGAAUACGGCCCAAUUUGUUGAAUGAGAUAUUGCAGUUUAUAAAUGAGAAAUAUGAACUAUGUUCUGCUCCUGGAUUUACCUAUGUUACAAUGUCGGGUGCCUUAAAACAAUCAAAUUUGUGGAUUAAAAGCUAUGUUUAUUGUUGUUAUGUAGGCACCAUAUUUUGGCUGAUACUUCCAAUAGCCUACAGAGAUAAUAGUUUACCCCUUGCCUGCUGGUAUCCUUUUGAUUAUACGCAACCCAUUGUGUACGAGUUAGUAUUUCUUCUACAAGCAGUUGGCCAGAUUCAAGUCGCAGCUGCCUUUGCAUCAUCCAGUGGAGCUCAUAUGGUUUUAGCUAUAUUAAUAUCUGGACAAUUUGAUGUGUUAUUUUGUAGUUUAAAGAAUGUAUUAGCCACAACCUAUAUCCAAAUGGGUGCAAAUAGAGCGGAAUUAAAUAAACUGCUUGAAGUCCAAUCAAUAACGAAUGCAGAUACUGAUCAAUAUUCUUAUUCAGUAGAAAAGCAUACACCUAUUGAAGAACUCCUUGCAACGCCGUCAAAGAUUUGUCCAAAUUUUCGAAUUGCUUUCAAAAUGUCGUUUAAACGAUGCCUUCAGCAUCACCGCUAUAUAAUAACAGCGCUACAAAAAAUGGAAAAUUUCUAUAACCCAAUUUGGUUUGUAAAAAUUGGAGAAGUCACGUUUCUCAUGUGCCUUGUUGCUUUUGUUUCGACAAAAAGCAGCCAGGAUAACUCAGUUAUGCGGAUGGUAUCGCUUGGGCAAUAUCUAUUGCUGGUGCUGUAUGAACUAUUUAUCAUCUGCUACUUUGCAGAGGUAAUUUAUCAGAAUAGCCAACAAUGUGGUGCGGCUCUUUGGCGAAGUCCGUGGCAUUUACAUAUAUCGGAAGUGCGAAGCGACUAUCUUUUCUUUCUCCUAAAUUCCCAAAGAAAAUUUCAACUGACGGCUGGAAAGAUAUAUAAUUUAAAUGUGGACCGUUUUCGAGGUACAAUUACUACUGCGUUCUCUUUUCUAACACUGUUGCAAAAAUUGGAUGCACGUGGCUAGUUGCUUUCCAAUUUGUGAAAGAUUCAAUUGUUUCUUACACAAUUUAAUAAUAAAAUAUUACAAAUUUGCUGAUAAAUUUAACAUAUGUUUGUGACGGUAAAGCGAAAUAAUAUUUCAAAAUACAUUUAUAUAAAUUUAUAUAAGUUUAUAAAACUAACUGAGAA